UUGGGGCAGGGGGAGCAGACCCCCACACCCUGGUCCAGCCCCUGACCCUCCCCCCACUGUGGGUUUCUGUUAUGAUUGUUUUGUUCUCCUCCUUUUCCCACUUCCACCAUCCCCCCCCCUCGGCGCCCAGUACUUUGAUGAGGAGAUGGAGUACUAUGAGUACCCCGACUCUUACGGGAAUAAAGAGGAUGGGAACGUGCCCCUCCCCACGCCUUCGGGGGGCAAAGUGGAGCAGAAACCCGCCGGGCCGGGCCGCAAGGCGCCCGCCAAGCCGGCGCCCAAGCAGCAGAAACAGCAGCAGCUGAUGAGCACGGCCCCAGCCUAUGGCAAAGCCCCCGGCGGCGGGAAAUCCCCUGGCAACGCCAAGACCCCUGGCAACGGCAAAUCCCCCGGCAACGCCAAGUCCCCCGGCAACGCAAAGUCCCCUGGCAACGGCAAAUCCCCCGGCAACGCCAAGUCCCCCGGCAACGCAAAGUCCCCUGGCAACGGCAAAUCCCCUGGCAACGCCAAGAUGGCAGCUGGGGGGAAACACCUGGCUGUGAAAAAUGCCCUGGGCAAGGCCCAGACGGGGGGCAAGGCCUACGCUGGCGCCGGCGCACCCAGGAAACACGGCAACGGGUACCAGCAGGUAGAGCAAGAGCGAGGCAUCCAGAUCG